AUGACUACCAUACGAUGCCUUCUAGCUGUUGCAAUAAAGAAAGGAUGGGGCAUCUCACAACUAGAUGUAAACAACGCAUUCUUACAUGGUGAAUUACAGGAAGAGGUAUAUAUGAAGUUUCCAGCAGGAAAAAUUCCACCUAAUCCCAACCAUGUGUGUUUACUUCGCAAAUCACUUUAUGGUUUGAGGCAAGCCCCGCGCCAAUGGUAUGCCAGGCUAACAACCGCAUUAAGUUUCAAAGGGUUUUAUUCAUCUCUUAAUGACUACUCACUCUUUUACAAGAAAUCAAUAUAUUCAAUUUCAAUUGUCGUAGUUUACGUAGAUGACAUACUACUUACAGGAAAUAACAAGGAAGAACUUCAUCAAUUGAAACAAUUUCUUCAGCAGGAAUUUCAGAUCAAGGAUCUAGGUGACUUACACUAUUUUUUGGGUCUGGAGACUCUUCGUGAGCCACAAGGUUUAAUCAUCAGUCAACGGAAAUUCAACUUGGAAGUUCUUGAAGAAUUUGAUUGUAGUAGUUUGCCCUCUGCCACAUCUCCAUUGGACCCUUCAUGCAAGCUUAGUGGUGAAUCUGGUGACCUUCUUUCUGAUCCAACUGUCUAUCACCGACUCCUAGAAAAAUUAAAUUAUCUCACUCACACAAGACCGGACCUUUCUUAUCCGGUACAACACCUUAGUCAAUUCAUGCAGCAGCCCCGUGUGCCUCAUUUUAAUGCUGCCCUACAGGUGGUUAGAUAUCUCAGAACCAACCCUGGACAGGGUAUUUUCAUGUCCUCUGAUCCCUCCUUCACACUACUUGCAUUUUGUAAUGCGGAUUGGGGAUCUUGUGUUAAUACACGACGAUCUAUAAGUGGGUAUUUUGUCACUCACGGCAGAUCUCCAAUUUCAUGGAAAUCAAAGAAGCAAGCUUCAGUAUCGCUCUCAUUCGUCGAAGUAGAGUAUCGAUCUAUGAGGCGAGUAGUUGCUGAAGUCACUUGGUUAACUCGACUCUUGACAGAUCUAGCUACACCACCUUCUCUUCCGGUUUCUAUUCACUUUGAUUCACAAGCUGCAAUUCACAUCGCUCGGAACCCCCCCAUAUCUUCACCAAACCGCUCUCUGGGCCAUCCCAUAAUUCAAUUCUUGGCAAGUUGGGUGUCGCUACACUCCCCUCCAACUUGGGGGGGUGUUGGAAUCUCAUCUAUGAAGCCUCAGUUACCUCCUUCUUCUUUCACUUCUCAUAAGAAAGAAAACCAGUUUGCUAUAAAGAGGAAAGUGGCAAAUGGAUUUGGGGAUAGGGUCCAAAAAGAGAAAAAUGGUCCAACAGUUGAAGACCCAAGCCCAAAUUCUGAUUCUGGAUAA